AUGUCCCUCGAAGGACAACAAGCGGGACAAAUACAGAUAGAAAAUGUCACGGAUCAGGAUAAUAUUGUUACCAUAAGCUUAUGCAGCGCUGCUGAUCUAGAAAAUGUGGCUGGAAGUCUGGUGGUCACGGACGGUUCAGGGCUCGAUUAUGCCCAGUAUAUCACACAUGCCACUGUGGCUCAGAUGGCCCAGGUGGCAGAGACCGGGGAAAUGGUGGCCUUUGUGGAACAGCACAUUAUUGACCCCCAGCAGGAGAAUAUUGACCCACAGCAGAAUAUUGAAUCCCAAAAUAUGGUGGAACAUGUGGUGUAUGAACAAAUCCCUGCACAACACAUACUUGCUCUCCCAUCUUCUGAACCUCUCCAUUCUAAAAAGGACAGUGUCAAACCACCUGUGGGAAAGGGUCCAUUCAAGUGUGAUACAUGCGAGAAAGUAUUCCCGAAGUGGAACCAGUAUCAGCGUCAUCAAAAACUACAUGAGGAAGAUAAGCCAUUUGCCUGUGCCCAUUGUACAGCCUCUUUCAACGUUGAGGACAAUCUGAUUCUCCAUGAGGCUACCCAUGUACAGAGUGGUGAUCCAACAUGUCCAGAGUGUGGCAAGAAGUUCUCGCGUAUUGCCAGUCUCAAAGCACAUAUUAUGUUGCACGAAAAAGAGGAAAAUCUCAUGUGUACCGAGUGUGGUGAUGAGUUCAGUGUACAGAGCCAGUUAGACAAACACUUAGCAGAACAUCGACAGGAACAAGAGGGAAUCAAAACGUAUCCGUGUAGACAAUGUACCCAGGAAUUCAACAAGCCUGCCUUUCUCCGGGAACAUAUGAAGCAGCACUACAAGAUCAAGUCAUCACUUGCUCAUCGAGCCUACAAAAGAAACAUUGAUCGGUCGACAUUCCACUACAAGUGCCAACACUGUGGGAAGACUUUCCAGAAACCCAGUCAGCUGGAACGACAUAAUCGUAUUCACACAGGGGAGCGUCCAUAUAAGUGCAGUUUAUGUAGUAAGGCUUUUAACCAGAAGGGGGCGCUCCGUAUCCACAUGACCAAGCAUACUGGAGAUCGACCCCACAUGUGUGAUUUCUGUCCAUCAGCAUUUGCUCAGAAAGGAAAUCUCCGGGCUCACAUCAAGCGAGUCCAUACACUACCACGGGACCAGGAAGACAAGCCAGCAUUUCAGUGUGAUGAGUGUAGCUGUGUGUUCAAGAAGCUGGGAAGCCUGAAUGCUCACAUCAGUCGUGCUCAUACAGAUGGUGGGGAACCGCCCACCCAGGUUGAGAUAGGUUCAGUGAAAGACAGUUGUCAUCGGACAGUGGAUGAGAAUGUUAUUAACCAGUUGUUGGGUCUCUCGGAACAAACCAUAGAAACUUCUGCUACAGCCAGUCAACAAACAGUAGAAGGGUCAGUUACAGAUGAUGACCCAGACAAUCCACAGAGUUCAGACAUCCUCCAACAAGCUUUAGAGAACAGUGGCCUGCCAAGUGGUGCUGAGGUGGCGGUGGAGUCGACAGCUGUAGCCUCACAUGUAUUAUCGGCUGUUCCCCCUGCGUCAAUGUCCAUAGCCAGUUCUGCCUCGACUCCCAUCAUACAAACAGUUACCACCAUGAAUGUUCAGGACACUGCUACAGGCUCGAUAAAAAAACACAUAAUCAGAAAGAUUAAUGGUGUGCGAUGGCACCAGUGUACCUACUGUACCAAGGAGUUUAAGAAGCCCAGUGACCUUGUACGCCACAUCAGAAUCCACACUCAUGAGAAACCUUAUAAGUGCACACAGUGUUUUCGGGCCUUUGCUGUCAAGAGUACACUUACUGCUCAUAUUAAAACUCACUCAGGUGUUAAAGACUUUAAAUGCCAUGUUUGUGACAAACUGUUUUCCACUCAGGGCAGUCUCAAAGUCCACCUGCGGAUGCAUACAGGAGCAAAACCUUUUGACUGCCCUCACUGUGACAAGAAGUUCCGUACCACUGCCCAUCGGAAAAGUCACAUAGCCUCACAUUCCAAAGACGAUGGCAUCAAGCGACCUCGAAGGACGUUUCGACGUACAACCAAGUCGGACCUCUCACUGCCCGAUAUACCCAUGCAGGAACCAAUUCUAAUAACAGAUACAGGUCUAAUUCAGCAGCCUCCCAGGAACAAUAUCAUCACAACAUACCUGGGCGAGGCGGGCAGUGUGGAUAGACCUUACAAAUGUGGUUUCUGUCAGCGAGGCUUCAAAAAGUCUAGUCAUCUCAAACAGCAUCUUAGGUCUCAUACAGGUGAGAAGCCAUACAAAUGUGUGCAGUGUAUGAGGUCCUUUGUCUCAACUGGGGUCCUCAAGGCUCACAUCCGUACUCACACAGGGGUGAAGGCCUACAAGUGUCCCUUGUGUGACAGUAAUUUCACCACAAAUGGUAGUCUGAAGCGUCACAUGUCUACCCACAGUGAGGUUCGACCAUUCAUGUGUCCCUACUGCCAAAAAACCUUCAAGACCUCUGUAAACUGUAAAAAACAUAUGAAAACCCACAGACAUGAACUCGCUAUACAGGCCACCAUACAGCAGGGAGGUAACUCUGCAGGCACAGAUCACCUAGCAGAUGAUAGCCCAGAAAACACAGACUCAGAAAUGAUGACUGAAACUCAGACUGCAGAGAUGAAUCUGAACCACCAGGAACUCACUGCUACAUCAAUGGCACAGCAGGAAAUUGGUCAACAGGCUAUCCUCACUCAACCAAACAUACCGGACGCCCUUACCACUGCCAGCCUGGACCAGCAGCUGCAGCAGAUCGAGACUCUCAACCCUGGGAUUUUCGGUCAGCAACAGACUUUCAGUCAAAGUUUAUUGGGACCUGGUCAACAGAACUUUAAUCAACUGAACAACCAACUUAAUGCCUACAAUCAGUCUCAGUUUGGCCUACAGACCCAGCAGUUACAGAACAACCUAGACAUCAACAAUCCUUACACAGGGUACAACCAGUCGGUAACUUCCCUGACAUCUACUCUUCCCAGUACCUCCAUGCAGAACAUUUUGCCCACGAAUGAUGGUCAAAUUCCUGAGGCACAAGAAGCUGACCAGUCUGAGCAGGAACAAGCAGUCACUGGUACUGAACAGCAGUACAAUCUCCUACCUGUGGACGAUGGCAAACGUGUGUAUAAAUGUGAAUUUUGUGACAAGUCCUUCAAGAAAUCCAGUCACCUGAAACAGCACAUCCGGUCUCACACAGGGGAGAAGCCCUUCAAAUGUUUGACCUGUACACGAACGUUCGUGUCUGCUGGAGUCCUGAAGUCCCACCUGAAGACUCAUCAGGGAAUGAAGGAGUUCUGUUGUCAUGUGUGCCAGGCUAUGUUCACAACUAACGGAUCGCUCACACGUCACAUGAACAUACAUGUAAGCCAGCGUCCAUUUAAGUGUCCAUGCUGCCAGGAAACAUUCCGCACUUCAUCUAUGUGUAAACGUCACAUGCGGCUUCACAGGGAAGGCCAUGAAGAUGAUCAUACCAUACUGCCUCGAAGGGCCAAAUCUGUGGUUCAUGUUACGGAUGAACAGACACAGGAGUUGUCACGCACUGCAGAAGAGGAGGAUCUCUCAGUGUCCCAAAAAAUCUUGCUGGAAUCGGCAACUGAAAAAUCACGAGUCAGUGAGCCGAAGGAAAUUCGAGAUGAGACACUAGAAAAAGGGCCUAAACAUGCUCACCAAUGUUCAUACUGUCAGAAAAGCUUUAAGAAGCCAAGUGACCUUGUCCGACAUGUGAGGAUACACACGGGGGAGAAACCCUACUCUUGUGAAAUCUGUUCCCGUGGCUUCACAGUCAAAUCUACGCUUGACAGUCACAUGAAAACUCAUAAUGCUAAUGACAAAAGGUUCAAAUGCCAUGUGUGUACUUCCAUGUUCUCUACAAAAGGCAGUCUUAAAGUUCACAUGCGUUUACACACUGGAGCCAAACCCUUCAAGUGUUCACACUGUGACCAGCGUUUCCGCACCUCAGGUCACCGCAAAAGUCAUGUGUUGACUCACAAUCCUGACCAACCUAAGAGAAGAAAGACCUUGACUCAGGUUGUUGCCGAUGUAGACAAUCAACAGCAACAACAGAUUAACUUACUCAAUGGAACCGAUGUCCAAAAUAUUGUAGUGACUAGUCAACCCAAUGUUGGUCAGGUGAUCAAUAUUGACCAAUCAAUGCUACAGGCCCAAAAUGUGUUACCAGUGUCACUGACAGUACAGGACAAUAUAGGUCAGCUGAAUGAGAGUGCACUGGCAGCUAAUGUAUUACAAGGUCUUGAAGGAAUACAGCUACAGUUUACUGGAAAUCUAGGACAGGGUAUACAGAUUACAGGACUUGACCCUAACAUCUUCUCCCAGACAGUACAGAUUGAUACCAGUCUCAUACAACAGCUACAGAACCAGGGCAAUGUUAAUAUUACAAUCAAUCCUAAUAUUAUCACUCAGACUACACUUCAGGCUGCGGACCCAAACCUGGUACAGAACGUACAAAAUAUCCAGAUACAGAAUGUACAGCCAGUGACAGUCCAGGAACAGAUAAAUCCCAACAUCAUCAUACAGCCCAUGUCUACCAUCACCGUGCCUCACAUCGAGAACCAACAGCAUCUGGCCAACAUACAGGGCAUACAGAGUAUGCAGAGCCUCCAGGCUGCUGGGCUUGUACAGGGUCAGGUCUCCAUGCAGGAUGGUGCGCCCAACUCCUUUGUUGUAACAGCUGACGGAACUUUGGCCAAUGACCAACAGAUCACAGUCCCACAAGGAGACUUACAAGCACUUCCAGAGGUAGAUGACAACAACAUUGCUAAUGAAGAUGGUGAGGAUGAAUUAGAAGAGGAGGAGGAUAUGGAGGAGGAGGAAGAUGAUAUUGGGGAUGCUGUUGGGAUUGUAGGAUCAGUAGAUGAAGAUAAUCACAACCUGCCUGAUAUUGAGGAGGAGGAAGAGGACGAGGGUCUGACACAUGGCAGCGAAUCAGCUAACAUUAGUCUGAGUGAUGUUGCUGGUGGAGACAAGUUCCUUGGGACAGGGCGUCAACAUAUCUGUACAGUUUGUAAUAAAAGUUAUAAGCGAGCUAGUCACCUGCGAGAACAUAUGGUAAUACAUGACCCUUAUGCAUCGCCAAAACGAAACAAGUUUGCCCCACAUCAUUGUGAUACUUGUGAGAAAUCAUUCCAGAAACCUAGUCAGCUGGCGAGGCACAAACGCAUCCACACAGGUGAGAGACCAUUUAUAUGUGGAAUUUGCCACAAAGCUUUUAACCAGAAAAAUGCCCUUCAGAUCCACUUGAAACGCCACAGCGGAGAGAAACCACACAAGUGUUCCUACUGUGAACUAGCUUUUACUCAGAAGGGCAAUCUCAAAACCCAUAUCAAGCGUGCACAUCAUAUGGACAUGGUGCAUUCCAUGAACUUACCCAAAGCAUUAAAUUUUGUACCACCGGCUGGUGCUACAGUCAGUGUCAGUACAGAUGGUGAUGUGAAUCAGGACUCCAGCCAUGAAGUAGCAACAACACAGGAGGAAGAUGGAAUCAAUUUGGAGGAAGUGGCUGACUUAUUCCCUUGAAGAACAAAAAGGAUAGGUCAAUUGUUAUUCUGCUGAAAAAAAUGGCUGUUGAAAUGGAAACGUCUUUCUUAUGUGUAGUUGUAAUGUGGAGGUCUUAUUUGAUGUUCGAUUUUUAAUGUGAUGAUGAAGAUAAUUAUGUAACUUUAGAAGGAAAGAAAUACAAGAUGUAAUUUGUUAAGUUCCUCAGAUAUCAAAAUCGUUCAUUAUAAGAAUACAGAGGUUGUAUUUGGUGAAUUUUAACUGAAUUCCAUUUAAAACCUUUGGGACCAGAUUGAGCAGUUUAUAAAUUCCCAGAUUUAAUCCACUAGUCUCUCUACUAUAACACAUCAAUGUAGAAGUUGACUUGUAUUUGGUUAUUUGCAGCUUUGUUUCGUUAGACAAGUUUUGUUGUACUAUAACUACCUGAGAAUUCCCAGUUAAGUCAGUAUGUGAUAAUAACAUGUGAUAUUUAUGUUGCCAUGCAACAUAAUAAUAUAUUAUAAAAAUGUUUUAAGUUUCAUACCAAUAUUACAAAGGUAAACUGGAGGUUUGCAAUUCUGCCCCACUGUAUUCCUCCUUCAUCCCAAAAUAACCUCUGGGAAAAGUCUAAUAUUUCAUUCGAUGAGUUUAUAAUACAGAAUUACAUAGAACCAUGACAUUUUAAUAAUUAGCCUUGGAUAUAGUAACUGACUGCAGUUAUAGCAAGAUAAUGAUGAUUUUGAAAAUAAUAACCAGUAAUUGAAGUGGAUCCAAAGAUUGUUGACCAUUUGGUGAAAAUUGUUACAGGCAGGAGGAGGUUAUGGAUAAACCUUGACAUAUUCUGCCUCAUUUCAAUUUGUUCAAAUGAAAAAGUUGUGUUUGAAAUCCAUAUAUGCCAAUCAAAGAUUAAAAUACUCACAGAAAAUUGGAGUAUGAAUGUUUGUACAUUUUAUAAAUGUACUGGUAUUUAUUACAACAAACCGCAAAACUUCUGAUAUUAUUGUAUUGAUAUUUAAUAUGAAAGUCUAAAGGUGUAUUUUAAAAGGAAUGGGGGGGGUUUCAUGAUAUAUGAGUGUUUUUAAGGAAUGAUAUAAUUGACAUCCCUAGACUGAAAAGGUUUAGAAUUCAUUUAUUUUUAAUGGGAAAAAUACCUUUUCCUGUUUGUAGGAGGUAUAAUUUGAAAGGAGGGAUCAUGGACUUGCAUGACAAGCUCAAUUUAGUUCUGCAUGAGGAUUUAUGAAUAUUCUGUGUGUAAAUCCCAAAGAAUUUUUUGUUCAGGUAUUUGAACUAUUUGUUGAACAUUUUAUUUAAACAUAUCAUUAUUUUAUGACACGGUGCUGUUUUAGAAUAUCAUUGGUCUGGGGACUGGUGUUAAUGUGCUGUAUGACAAUGAUGCCCAUAUUCCUGUUUAAGUUUGAAAUGUGAUUGGAACAUUCCAGCCACUUUUGUAUGGAAUAUUUUAAGAAACUCUAGAGAAUGAAUGUUUCUGAUGUUGACAAUGUGUCUAAUUUUGUUUAUAAUCACUACUCCAACCUCUUUGCAAGGUACAUCUCAAGCUUUGCUUUGUGGAACAAUCAUGUGGGAUAAUCUCAUUCUGGAAUAAACUGACAUUCUCCUCAUUUAGAUGUAGUACAAGAUAUCAUUACAUUGAAAUUUUCGUCAGUUAAAAAUAUUUAAGCUUGGCAUCAGAUAUUGCUUUAUGGCAAGAAACAAUUAAAGAAAAACUCUACUUUGCAAACUGCUUUAAUUUUAAUGUAUAUCCGUCACUGUUUUAACAUCUUUUUUCAGUUCUUUCCAAAUGUGUUCUAUGUGAAUUUUAACUUUACAUUGAAUAUCAAUAUCAUUCUGCAUCAUUGAAGUCACUAUCAAUGAAUCUUUUUGUUAGAGGUGGAGUUGGGUAUUGUGUAGGUAAAGAAGGUAGGGAAAUUCUACCUUCAGAUGUGAAAUUUGGGCAUAGAAAUUUGAUAAGUCUUUGUGUCCCAAAUUCUACACACUUAGAAAGGUGCAAUGAAUUGGCCCAUUUUCACAUGCAAUAGGCUAUAUACUUUUCACAGUAUUGUUUUGUGGCCUGGAUCUCUUGUUUACUGUGUGUAUACAUGGUAUAUGUGCCAAAAUAAUGCUACAGUAGUAGAAACACAGCCUUCCAUAUAACCAUCAUCAAUUAUGCCCCAUUCAACACAACAUAGAAUACUGUAAAGCUUUCUUUUCUUGUUCAAUUUUCUGCAGUUUUAUCUAAGAAUGUGUAACAAAACAAAAAAGUGAUUUUUCUUAGAAGUCAUGAUAAAGACUGAAUUUCUCUAUCAAUUUAAUUUUCCGAUUUUCAAUUUUCUCCUCUUUUAUUUUAACUUUUACACUAGCGAGAAAUUGGACUCCUUUUAAAAAACAACAAAAAACUUUCACUGUAUUAAAGCGGUGUGGAAUCAUGCUAUUUAAUGAAUUGCACAGGGCUAGUUGUUUACUUUAGAAGUAGUCUCUUUUUAUUUAUUUUAAUGUGAUUGAUAACUACAAUGCGUUUAAGUCGGAGGAAAAAUCUCUGCGGUUUUUUUCUUAAUUUUUUCUUAAAUAAUGUUAUUAAAACAUUUUAACAUUUAUGAAACAUAAAAGGUUGAUGGAGCUUAGAAAUCUGUGAAAUUUUUCUUGGCUUCUUUUUCUUAUACCGAUUAUUAUU